UUGCAUCGCACAUUCCACAUUACACAUUACGUUAAUUGACCUUUAUUUUUAAACUUCUCCUUUCUUUUCUUGCUCUUGGAGGGUCAGUCUCUUCGUUCUCUACCCGUGUGGCAUACUCAUCCGUUUCUGUCAUCCUCCUAUCACGGAUACUUAGUGUUCCAACCAACCAUGUAUAACGUAGACGCGUACCUCAAGACCUUGACUUCCAACGCAGUCAAACUCUCUAAAAAAGUUCAGGAUGGCAUAGUGGAAAAUACUCGUGACUUUCGCUUCGAGAACCAAGCGCAUUUUCUCGACACAAACGAAGACAAAAUGAGAGAAAUCCGCAAGAACUUGGAUUCAAAAUAUGAGAAAGAAAAACUGGAUGGUUUGAAGCGGUUGAUCGCUAUGAUCUCCAAGGGUAGAGAUGUGUCCGAGUUUUUCCCUGAUGUAGUCAAGAAUGUGGCAUCUACAAGUUUGGAAGUCCGCAAAUUGGUCUACAUUUACAUCUUACGUUAUGCAGAACAGGAACAGGAUCUCGCAUUGUUAUCCAUCAACACAUUUCAAAAGGAUUUGAGUGAUAAAAAUCAGCUUAUCCGAGCCAUGGCACUACGCGUCAUGUCUGGUAUCCGUGUCCCCGUCAUUAGCCCUAUUGUCAUGCUGGGUAUUAAAAAGUGUGUUACCGAUCUGUCGCCCUAUGUCCGCAAGAUAGCUGCUCAUGCAAUCCCAAAAUGUUAUCAAUUAGACCCAGCCCAAAAGGAAGCUUUGAUCGACAUUAUCAGUACAAUGCUUGGCGACAACUCGACGUUCACAAUUGGCAGUGUCAUCAUGGCGUUCAACCACGUCUGUCCUGAUAGAUUGGACCUCAUUCAUCCUCAGUAUAGGAAGCUCUGCAGGAUGCUAGUAGACAUGGAUGAGUGGGGUCAAAUUACAGCUAUAGACUUGUUACUGCGCUAUUCAAGGACACAAUUUCUUAAUCCCAUUGGAAAGACAUCCGCACCUACGAUCCGCGCCAAAAAGGAGAAAAGUGUUGUAAAAUCGUUUUAUUCGGACGAUGAUUCAGACAUAUCUCAUCACUCCUCCGACAGCAAUGAUUCAUCUGAUGACGAUAGCAACAAUACUAUAGACCCAGAUCUCGCUUUCUUAUUGAAAUGUGCAUUACCACUGUUACAGAGUCGGAACAGUCAAGUCGUCCUUUCAGUUGCUAAACUUUUUAUGCAUUUAGCACCGGCGGAAGAUUGUUAUAAAAUUGGACGCCCACUAAUUCGAUUGUUAAGGAGUCAUCGGGAAAUCCAAUAUGUAGUUCUCAACAACAUUGUUGCCAUAGCCAGUGAACGACCCUACAUUUUCGAUCAGUUUUACCAACACUUCUUUGUUCGUUCUACGGAUCCGAUUUUUAUCCGCAAUCUAAAAUUGGAUAUUCUGACAAUGAUUGCAACUGAAAGUAAUAUCACGUUUAUUUUGCGCGAGCUACAAGAAUAUGUCAAGAGUUCGAACAAGGAUUUUGUCACACAGGCGAUCGAGGCAAUUGGUCGAUGCGCAUCAAAUAUACCCGAGAUGGCACAUAGCUGCCUCGGUGGCCUUCUCAAGCUCUCAUAUAGCAAAUCAGAUUCUGUCGCUGCCGAGUCCGUUGUCGCUAUCCGUCGCCUUCUUCAACAGAGACCGGGCGAUAGCGUGGUCAUUAUUACGCAACUCGCAAGAGGUUUGGAUGAUAUCACUGAAUCAUUGGCUCGCGCAAACAUUUUUUGGCUCGUUGGACAGCAUUGCGAACAGCUACCCACCAUAGCUCCAGAUGUGCUUCGUAAAGCCGCCAAAUCGUUCUGCUCAGAGAAUGAAACUAGCAAGCUUCAAAUCCUAACACUUGGAGGAAAACUGGUAGCACAAGAAGGAACAUCAUCGAAAACUAUCAACUUGCUGUUUCAAUACGUUCUCAACAUGGCACGCUACGAUCUCGACUACAUUGUCCGUGAUAGGGCUCGAUUUCUCAGGGGACUCGUUUAUGGUGGCGCCCAAAAUAAUACUGCAGCUUUAGCUUCUACAGAUGUGGAUCUGGAGCCAGAACAACAUGAAAACGGUACAUCACAUGAUAUCAAUCAGGACGAUGGUGAUACAGGCGGUUUUGAAUAUAAUGAAAAGGCACUCAAUCUUUCCGACCAUGCUAAAGCUAUCUUGUUAAGUGAAAAGCCUGCACCAGAGCGCGAGAACCCUUCACAUGGUCGUGAGCAGUACAAGAUCGGAUCCAUGUCAUUGGUGCUGAACCGUGUCGUGGCUGGAUAUGAGCCUUUGCCGGACUGGCCCACAACUCAACCCGACCCAUCUGUGCGUAGGUUAGCUGCCACGAUGGAGGCGCCUGGAUAUAUGAAUGAUCGCACUGGGUUUGGUAGUGAUUCCUUUUAUCCUCAGAAUCGCCAACAUCAGAUGAGCAGCAGUGCUAGCCCCAGUAUGGGAUCACGGUAUGAUCGAGGUGCACAAUCGUUGGACAAAUUCUACGAAUCAUCAGAAGAGGAGACAAGCUCGGAAGAGGGGACGAGUUCGGAGAGUGAAAAGGAGACCGGCGAGGAAGGAACAAGUGAAGAAAGUGGCUCAAGUGAAAGUGAAUCGGAGGAUGGUGAGGAUGAUGAUGACGAUGAGGAAGAGGAGGAGGAAGAGGAAGAGGAAGAAGAUGAAGAAGAGGCGUCAUCGUCUGAAGAAGAAGCUAUCCUACCUCCAUCGAUGAAGCGAACAAACGGGCGGCGUUGAAG